AUGUCUACGCGUGCACUCGCCGGAAAAGUUGCUCUCGUUACUGGUUCCUCUCGCGGUAUCGGUGCCGCAAUCGCUCAACGUCUUUCCGAUGACGGUGCAAACGUUGUUAUCAACUACGUCAGCAAUGAAAAGGCGGCUAAUGACGUCGUGGCUACCCUUAAUGCAAAGCGCGCUGGAUCAGCUAUAGCUAUACAGGCAGACGUCUCUAGCCCAUUUAAAGCGCAGGCGCUGUUUGAUGCGACGAUUAAGGCAUUCGGCCGCCUGGAUAUCCUCGUUUUAAACGCUACUGUCUUCCAGUUCCGUACAUUGAGCGAGAUCGACGAGGAGUUUUACGACGACCAUUUCAAUGCAAACGUGAAGGGACCACUUUUCCUCGUCAAGGCUGCUGCAAAUUCACUCGCUCCAGGUUCACGCGUUAUCUUUAUCUCUUCGGGCGUUGCACAUUCCUCUGUAGUACCCGCAGCGACUCUCGUAUAUACCGCUUGCAAGGGAGCCGUCGAGCAAUUCACGCGUGUUCUUGCAAAAGACCUCGGCUCUCGUAGCAUCACCGUAAACUGCAUCGCUCCAGGUCCCACCGACACGGAUGGCUUCCGCACAGGUAUUCCUAAGGAACAGAUCAACUUCCUCACAACCUUGCAUCCUGAGAAACGUAUCGGCCGGCCAGACGAGGUUGCGCACGUUGCCGCAUUUCUAGCCUCUCCUGGAGCAUCGUGGGUUAAUGGGCAAACUAUCCUCGUCAACGGCGGUUAUGUUGUUUAAUGUCAGGAAAUACUGCAUGCCCUGUGGCAUUGUUGAAUUUAGAGCGUGUGGAUUUGAAUAAAGGCGUCUGCAUCCC